AUGGGAGGCAACCCCCACAACAGCUCAGAGUUGCCAACUUUCACCCUGACAGGGCUCCCAGGGCUGGAGACUUCCCAGCACUGGAUGUUUUUGCUCCUCGGGGCCCUCUACAUUGUCUCCAUUGUGGGCAACGCCCUUAUCCUUUUCAUAGUCAAGGAGGAGCAACGCUUGCAUCAGCCUAUGUACUACUUCCUGUCCCUGCUCUCAGUUAACGAUCUAGGUGUGUCUUUCUCCACACUGCCCACUGUGCUAGCCACAUUUUGCUUUCACUUAAGGAAGGUCAGCUUUGAUUCUUGCAUGGCUCAAAUGUUCCUCAUCCACCUCUUCUCUUUCAUGGAGUCUGGGAUCCUGCUGGUUAUGAGCUUUGACCGCUAUGUGGCCAUCUGUAACCCACUGCGCUAUACCAUCCUGCUCACAGAUGCCCGUGUUGUCUGCAUGGGCUUGUCUGUCAUCAUCCGCAGCUUCUGCAUGGUCUUCCCACUGCCUCUCCUUCUGAAGAGGUUGCCCUUCUGCAAGGCCAAUGUACUGUCCCAUGCCUACUGCCUGCAUCCAGAUCUGAUCCACCUUCCCUGUGGUGACAUUACCAUCAAUAAUAUUUUUGGUCUCUUCAUUGUCAUCUCUACCUUUGGCCUGGACUCUGCACUCAUUCUCCUGUCCUAUGUGCUCAUACUGCGCUCUGUAGUCGCCAUUGCAUCCCGGGAGGAACGGUUAAAGACACUCAACACGUGUGUGUCACACAUGUGUGCUGUGCUCAUCUUCUAUGUGCCCAUGGUUGGUGUGUCCCUGGCUGCUCGCUAUGGGAGGCAUACCCCACAGUAUGUGCACACACUCCUGUCCCUCAUUUAUCUUUUUGUGCCUCCAAUGCUCAACCCUGUCAUCUAUUCCAUCAAAACCAAAGAGAUUCGAUGGAGGCUUGGCAGAAUGCUAGUGGGAACAAAGUUUUAA